AUGUCGCGCGCUCUAGCCGGAGGUGAGCAAAAUGCAGAAGACGGCGUUCUGGAACCUUUGCUCGACGAACGAAACACGGCGCUUCGACCAGAAGAGAACCCCAAUGGUCCUCUUUCUGUUCCGACCAUGCAUCCAAAACCAUUGAAAGAAGAUAGCUCUACACAUCCGGCGCUACGCAUACCCCUCCGCCCCCCUCAAGCGGUGGCUACAACAGCCCCAAUAUCUCUUACACCAGACGCUGAAUUUCGCCUCAUAGAAGCCGAACUGGCGAAUUGCGAAAAGACCCGCGAAGCGCUAGCACGGCGUGAAGUUGCACUUCGAGAACGAAAAGCGGAGAUAGUACGAGAGACUAAGAUGAAGCUCGAUAAAGAGGUGCGUGAGUUGACUGUGGGAGACCAAGAUGAAGAAAUGGAUGAGGGAUUGUACAUGCACGAUGUGCAGAGAAGAGUGGAAGCAAACCUUCAGACGGCAGGGGAAAACGCGAGUCAAGCGACGGAGGAGUCACAACAGUUGGAAGAAACUGGAGGAGAGAAAGUCAUUCCAGUUAGUGCACCAGAGCGAAGGCGACUUGCGCGUCUUGCUCUGUUCAAGAACGAUCCUAGACUUGGUUGA